GGCUCGGGCGGGGGCGGCGGUUCCGGGCUGGCCUGGAGCGGCGGCGCGCAGGAGCGAUGCAGCCGCCGCCGCGCAAGGUCAAGCCCAGCCAGGAGGCGAAGGUGCGCUUCGGGGAGCAGCUCGCCAGCCUGCAGGGCAAGCAGCAGCGGGAGCAGGAGCUGCUCGAGGACCUCAGGUCCUACAGCAAACAGCGAUCUGCCAUCGAGAAGGAGUACGGGCAGGCGCUCCAGCGACUGGCGAGUCAGUUCCUGAAGAGAGAGUGGCUGCGAGGCCGGAGCGAGAGCAGCGACUCCAGGAGCGUCUUUGCCGUCUGGAAGGGAGUGAUCGAUGGCACCGUCUGCUCUGGCCAGUCCCGGGUCGCUGCCUCUGAGAACUAUCGCACCGUCAGCACAGAGGCAGCUAAAACAGCGCGGGUGUCCAAAGAGCAGCUGCUCAAAAAGGGCAUUGAGCAGCUGCUGAGUGUGCAGGCGGAACUACUGGAGACUGUGAAGGAAGUCAGCAAGACCAAGAAGCAGUACGUGCAGCUGCAGCGCACCAAUGAGGUGGCCCGGGAGAAGGCCGCUGACGUGGAAGCCAGGCUCCGGAAGAGUGAUCACGGCAUCUUCCACACUAAGGGAAGCUUGCAGAAACUCAGUGCCAAGUUCUCUGUGCAGCUGGCAGAGAAUUCGCAGCACCUGCUGGCGGCCCAGAAUGAGCACGCCCUGAUGCUGGCAGCUGCCCAGGCCCACCUGGAGCACUACUACCAGAGGGAGCUGCCCGCAGUCAUCCAGACUCUAGAUGGAGACCUUUAUGAGCGACUCCGAGAUCAGCUCACGGUGAUCAGCAAGGCCGAGCUGGAGGUCUGCCAAGGCACACAGGAGAUCUUCCAGGGCAUUGCCAACGCAUCUGCUCAGGUCUGCCGGGAGCAGAACCGCCUCCUCUUCCUGCAGGGUAACGCUGCCUUCUCCGCAACGGCUGCCGAGCCCUUCCAGACAGCAGGAGCAGACCAGGCGAUUGCUCUCCUGAAUGUCAGCGGGCUGGAGAAGGAAGCCCGUCGCUGGGCCACUCGGGCAGCCAAAGAUUAUAAGAUCCAGACCGUCAGUGAGCAGGUUCUACAGAGGAUGGAAACCCGAAGGCAGCAGGUCAGUGAAGCAGAGGCGUCUGGCAUGGAGAAAAGGAUGGAAGAAGUGAAGGAAAAUAUCCGGAAGGCAGAGAUCAGCAAGGUGAAGGCGGAUGCCCGGUUGGCACUGCUGCGGCAGGCUGGCUUGGAUGUAGACACCUGGCUGGCGAGUGCCAUGGGCCAGGUCCUGGACGAAAUGGAGCAAGAGCGGCGGCUCAGCGAGGCACGCAGGUCUGAGAGGGGCUCCACUCCGACGGCGGAAGAAUUUGACCUGGCCGAGUUUGAAGAUUAUGACGACAGCACAGAACUGUUUGAGGACAACAGGCCAAGCCCAGGCGUGACUCGUGCCUACCCUUCAACCUGCAGGGUGUUCUUCCCAUACCAGGCCUGCCAGUCUGAUGAGCUGACCAUCGUCCAGGGAGAGGAGCUGGAGGUCAUUGAAGAUGGCGACGUGGAGGAAUGGGUCAAGGCACGCAACCGGACGGGACAGAUUGGCUACGUCCCUGAGAAAUACCUGCUCUUUCUGGAUUCUGUGAGCGGAAUGUGCGUUGUCCCAGAUGGGGGCAGCCAGGAAGGCUCUUCCGAGAGGGAGAAGGAGUUGACAGACCUCAUGCUGGAGCCUGGAGCCUGGCUGGUCCAGGCCCUCUAUGACUAUGAGGGGCAGAGCCCAGAGGAGCUCAGCUUCCCCGAGGGAGCCAUCAUCCGAGUGCUGCCCCGGGAGGAGGGGGCGAUCGACGACGGCUUCUGGACGGGGGACUUCAACGGGAGAGUCGGUGUCUUCCCCUCCUUGGUGGUGCAUGAAAUCAUCGGAGCUCCUGGGGGAGCUGAGCAGGAUUUGCCUUCCCCCUCGCCUCCGGUCGGUUCCCCUCCAGUCCUGGACCCGACGAUAGCAUCUUCUGCAGACGCGCUGCUGGGGGGUAGCUGGCAAGGAAGCACAGCCAGUGGGCACAGGUCCCCUGACCCGAACGCACCUCGCAUCCGCCCGGUUCGGGCUCCCCCGCCUCCACCACUGAAGGCCCCAGAAGCCGACCCGUUGCCUGGCCAUGGUUAACUCUGUUCAGCUCCCAGCAGAGGCCUGUCUGCCUGGCACAGCUUUGGCCCCGGGCUCAGCAGUUGCUGCUCACCAGACCUCUUGGACGCUCUGCUUUGUAGCUGUUCCAGAGCCUCAUCCCAGCUCCUGCAAGGAGGCAGAAUGAUGGUGGGACGGGGUGGGGGUGGAGGGGGGGGGGCGUACCAGAAGGCACAUUGCCAGCCAUGCGCUGACCGACAGCCGCGGGUGCCUCUUCUGCAGCACGUAAGGAGGUGCCCACCGACUGGCCAUUCCAGACGGGUGGGCUUGUGCCUUCCUGCACCAUCAGAGAGGCCUGCAGGCUAGCGCCUAGAGGUGGCACAGUGUCCCCCUUGGACCGCUGGCCAAGGCUGUGCCAAGUGUUUUCCAGUCUGGGGCGGGAGGUGGUCUCCCCCUUGACUUCAGUGCUGCUAGCUCCCCUCACCGUGGCCUGACAGGGUCUCUGGUGUGCCUUUGCCCCUCAGAAUGCAGCCAGGCAGAAUCUGGGGCGCUUUCCCUCUUGCUUGUCCUUCAGUUCAUUGCAGUCCCCUGCACCUCCAGUGUUGUGGGGUUUUUUUGGGGGGGGGG